AAAAAAAAAAAAAAAAAAGGAAAAUCACUAGCUUCUAAUUUAGUCAUGGCCAUGAAGUUGAUGAACAUCUUCUUUACCCUCCUAGCAGCAAUGGCCAUUGUUGGAGCUGAAAUUUUCCGCGAUGAUCAUAUCGAAGACGUGGAAAUGCAGACAAGUACUGAAACAGAAGCAACUAAAUUUCCUGAAAUACCAGAUGAAGAAGAAGAAACUACUUCUCUAAGAGGAGUGAGCCGUUUUCUUUAUAAUCAUCAUAAAAAUAUACCACUGCCCAGUUAUAAUUGCGACAACUUUCCUAGGGUUUGUCGUGCGAAGAACAGCCUGGGGCCAGACUGCUGCAAGAAGAAAUGUGUUGACGUGAAGACUGAUCGGUACAACUGUGGGAUUUGCGGCUACAGAUGCAAGUACACAGAGAUUUGUUGCAGGGGCAAGUGCGUCAAUGCAUCGUUUGACAAGAGGCAUUGUGGUGGGUGCAAUCAGAAAUGCAAGAAGGGAGACUUCUGUGUUUAUGGGAUGUGCCAUUAUGCAUGAUUAUUUCACAGUAUACUACUGCUAUACAUUUGAGUAAACUGCUAUACAUUUAUUCUGUCAUAUUAAUUAUGACAAAUUAUAUGUAAAGAGAGAAAAAUUAUUCUUAUAUUUAUAUGACCUAAAGCAUUAUUAUUGUUA